AAAUGUUGCAAAGGGCAGCAAGCAAUGCAUAUACAUGGUGGUGGGCCAGCCACAUCAGGACAAAGCAGUCAAAAUGGCUGGAUCAAAGCCUCCAAGAUAUGGAGGAGAAGGUUACUGAAACCCUCUCCAUCCUGUGUGAUGAGGGGGACUCAUUUGCAAAGAGGGCUGAAAUGUAUUACAAGAAGAGGCCAGAGCUGGUAAAUUUUGCGCAAGAAGCCUUUAGAGCAUAUAAAGCCUUAGCAGAGAGAUAUGAUCAUUUAUCAAAGGAACUCCAAAGUGCAAACCGCACAAUAGCCAGCGUCUUCCCAGACCAAGUUCCAUGUCAAAUUGAAGAAGAUGAUGAAGAAGAAAGUGACACAGGAACUAAUUCAUCAACACCAGUCCCCGACAACAAACAAACACAAAAUAAACCAACAAUUCCUAAAGUUCCCAAGACACCAAAGAAGGAGUUUAGAAGUCCAUCCAUGUUUCUCUCCAGAAAGGGCAAUCUUAGGAGGUCUAGUAGCUCUGCAAAAUAUGUUCCAAACGUUAUGACUUCAGGUCUUUCCAAGGUUGAAGCCUUAACAGAAAUUGACAAGCUUCAGAAAGAAAUAUUGGCAUUACAAACUGAGAAAGAGUUUGUGAGGAGUUUGUAUGAACGCGCCUAUGAAAAGUACUGGGAGAUUGAAGACCAGAUCACAUCAAUGCAGAAAAGAGUUUGCAGUUUGCAAGAUGAGUUUGGUGUUGGUACAAUGAUAGAAGACAAUGAUGCUAGAGCUUUGAUGGCAGCCACAGCUCUAAAAUCAUGCCAAGAGACCCUGAAAAAGUUGCAAGAGAUACAAGAAAAAUCAUCUAAAGAAGCUAAAGAGGAGUAUGAAAAGGUUAAGAAAGCUCACGAGAUGUUUGAGACCCUUAGAGACCAAUUCAUUUCUAAAUAUAUGAGUAAACAAGACCAAGUUCCUGAGAGUGCAGGAACGGAUAAAAAAUGCAUAGAUGAAGAGAUGGAUCACUUGGAGCAAGAGGAGCAUGAUGUGGGGCUGUUGAGAGAGAAGAUUAAACAAAAGUUGGAGGAAAAUUCAGGUAAUACCCUCACUGUGACUGAAAUGGCUGAGUGCAUUGAUGAGCUUGUAAAUAAGGUUGUUACCUUGGAAACUGCGGUUUCAUCUCAGACUGGUUUGGUAAAGACACUAAAAUCAGAAACAGAUGAACUUCACACAAACAUAAGGAAGUUGAAUGAAGACAAGGAAAUGCUCAUAGAAGGCUCAGAAGCUACCAACCAGAGGCUAAAGAAAUUGGAGGAUGAGUUGCAGAGAGUUAAAAUGCUCAACCGAAGUGUCAGAUCUCAAGACAACACCCUCCAAACACACUUCACUGAAGCAAGCUGUAACAUUGAGCACCUUUCUAAAAAAUUGAAUUACAUGAAACAAGAUGAGGAGGGGGAGGAGAACUUGGUACUUUACAAGAAGAAAAGUGCUGCUGAUGAUAAACCAGGGACUGAAAAACUUGGUGCUAACUUGUCGACAAUAAAGGAUGAGGAUGAUAACAGGUCCAAUUUGAGUGAUAGAACUUUAAGUGUUCAGAAGCUGGUACAACCAGAUAAGGAUGAUUUAUCUGAUACAGUGAGCAACCUUGACACUGAAUCACAUGAUUUGGAAGCUAGUGAGGAAGAUCAACCUAAUUGGAGGCAGAUGUUUAUAAGUGGAUUAGAUGACAGAGAAAAGAUUCUGCUGGAGGAGUACACUUCGGUCUUAGUGAAUUAUAAGGAUGUAAGGGUGAAGCUCAAUGAUGUGGAAAAGAAAAAUAGGGAAAGCAUUUUUGAGUUGACACUUCAGCUAAGGGAAAUGAGGAAUGCUCUUGUGACAAAGGAUAAAGAGAUACAGAUUUUACAUCAGAAGAUGAACUGUCCAGAUGGAAAUCCGGAUGAAAGUCCCUACACCACCACCACAGAAUACAAAUACACGCCACAUGAAGGGCUUCUUCAAAAAGCAGGUCAAGAAGCGGAGUCAAAAAUUUCAUCUUCAAAUUUAGAUGCAAAAUCCCAUUUUGCAGAACAAGUUGAAUCUGAGAGAACAGGAAAUAAUGCCUUAUCAUCUAUGAGAAUGACACUAGAGAAGCUGAUGGCACAUCAAGAUAAGUGCCAUGAUCUUUCAGAUUUGGAAAAGAAAUUCCGUUCGGACAUUGACGAUUUGCUAGAAGAGAACCUGGAGUUUUGGCUGAGGUUUAGCACUUCAGUUCAUCAGAUUCAAAAGUUCCAAAACUCUAUUCAGGACUUAAAAGCUGAGCUAAAAUUGAUAAGGGAAAAAAACAAGAAGUCUGAAGGGUAUUCAUAUUCUAAACCACAGCCUAUACAAUCUCAACUCAAGCCAAUAUUCAGACACCUAAGAGAGAUAAGAACUGAGUUAUCACUGUGGGUGGAACACAAUGCAGUGUUGCAGGAUGAACUGCAAGGAAGGUACUCAUCUUUGUCCAACAUCCAAGAUGAGAUUGCAAGAGCAGCAAACAUGGAAUCCGGUGCUGAAGAGGCCGAGCUAAUGAGUAAGUACCAAGCUGCAAAGUUUCAGGGUGAGAUUCUCAACAUGAAGCAAGAGAACAGCAAGGUUGCAAGCGAACUGCAAGCAGGUCUUAGCCUUGUGAAGGGAAUGAAGGAUGACGUCGAGAAGACACUAGAUGAGCUAGAUGGAGUCAUUGGUACUGAUAGUAAUGUUAAUAAGAGUAAUGCUCAUAUGAAACACUCCAGUAGUCGUGCUCGAAUACCCUUGAGAUCUUUCUUAUUUGGAGUCAAGUUAAAGAAGCAAAAGCAUCACCCAUCUCUAUUUGCAUGUGUCAAUCCAACAUUUAACAGACAAUACAGUAUCACUGAAGCACCCGAACCACAAUAAGAUCAACUUCCACUACCCUACGAGUAGUCUUGCUGCAUUUAAUUUCAUAUUUUGACAUACAACCCUUUCUUAUAAUGCACUAGUUCUUGUGUAUUCACAUAUUAGGGAAAACAAAUGAUUUUUUCUGUAAAUUUCAUGUCAAAGUAUGUCUCCUUUUAAAUGUUUAAUUUCAUAAACAUUAAUAAGCAUACAUGUUUUAAAUAUA